AUGGCUCAUAAUGACUCUUCCUUAAUGAGAAAGAUAAAUGAACAGGUGAUUGUUGUUCAGCUUUGUGUGUCACUUUUCCUUUGCAUUAACUGUGUACUUAUUGCGACUUUUUUCAUGAAGGAUUUCUUCUACACAACCAUGCGCUACAUCUUAUUUGCUACCACAUUACUGUCUGAUUGUCUGAUUUUAAUUGUGACAAAUCUCUUGCUCAUCCUGAGCUAUUUUGGUAUAUCUAUACAGAUUUGGAUGUGUCUCAUUAUAUUUAGUUUAUCAUCUCUGUACACUUUUGUCACACCACUAACUUUGACAACAAUGACGGUGGAGCGCUACAUGGCCAUUUGCGUGCCCCUCCGUCACGCAGAGCUGUGCUCCACGCGCAGUGCUCGGCUUUGUAUUGUCUUCAUUCACUUCCUCAGCUCUGUACCCUGCAUUGUUACUCUCUCCAUUGUCUUUACAUCUGUCACCCUCAGCUUUUACAAGCAAUACAAUGUCUGUGCUGUGCAGGUGUUCAUUUUACACAGUUGGCAGCACCAUCUCAGGUCAGCCGUACGUCAAUUUUACUUCUUGGUCAUGUUCAUUACUAUUUUAUUCUCUUAUGUUAAAAUAAUGAAAGUGGCCAAAGCUGCAUCGGGAGAGAAUAAAAAGUCAAUGUGGAAAGGGCUCAGAACAGUAAUUCUUCAUGCUUUCCAGCUGCUGCUCUGUCUCAUCCAGCUGUGGUGUCCAUUCAUAGAGGCUGCAGUGCUUGAAAUUGAUUUAAUGUUAUUUAUUAAUGUCAGGUACUUUAAUUAUAUAAUGUUUAGUCUUGUUCCAAGAUGUCUGAGUCCUCUUAUUUAUGGCCUCAGGGAUGACAAGUUUUAUCUUGCAUUGAAAAGCAAUGCUUUGUAUGUCUUUGGCAAGAAAAAUAGAUCUUUCAGGUGUCAAAUUAAACUAUAA